GUCAGUUGCAUGGCACGGGGAACGCCCUGCGAUGGCAGGCCUGCUGCUCUAUCCAGACAAGAGGGAGAAGAUGGAGACCACAAACGAGAGGGACUUCUGUCUAAAGCCCACAGCCUGGAGGCGGCCACCCGUGAAGAAAAAGAGCAUGCUGCGCUCCAACAUACAGCUGGAAGGUGAGCAUAGCUUCACAACGACCCACCGAGAGGACUUCCAUGUGGAGGAUUUCCGGCCUUCGCCACUACGACAGAAGACCCCAGUCUGGGAGAGGAGGGGGACGACAGGCGGGAUACAGCUGGCUACUCAUUACCAACGGGACUUUCUGCCACCCCUCCGCACCCAUCGCAAGUCCACACCAGCUUUCCCUCAGCCUGAUAACCUGGGCAUCAACCCCUCACUCAGGUGGGAGUUCCAGACGGUGCAAAAGGAGACUUACCCCUGGUGGAGGACCGGGUGGAGGAUGUUGAGUCCACAGCAGGAGCAAUGGCCCAGCCCCCAUACGCCACACUCUGGUGGAAAGAAGGUUUUAACACCCAUUUCAGUGAUGUCAAAAUCCCAGACAGAAAGUGCUCCCCACACAGCUUUCAUUGAAAACAGACAUGGAUAACUGUACCUGUCCUGCACAAACUGUAAAUGAUGGAAAAACUAGGAAACAGUGACGGUU